AUGGACAAAAUUACUGGAGAAGACCAACCCGUUCCUGGGGCAGCACACCGAAGGCUUCUUGGAGGUGGAGCGUCGAAUAAGAAUGAUUUCCCUGAGUGGGUUUCACCGACCCAGAGGAAGUUGUUGCAGGCGACGCCAAGUAACAUUAAACCGGACAUUGUUGUGGCUCAGGAUGGGAGCGGGCAAUUCAAGACUGUAAAUGAAGCCAUCAAGAGCAUUGGGCCCAACUAUAAAACCCCCUUCGUUAUCUAUAUCAAGGCUGGGGUUUAUAAUGAGCAAGUCAUUGUUCCAAACGCGCUUAGUGGGAUUAUGUUUAUCGGUGACGGCCCGACAAAGACUAAAAUCACCGGCAACAAGAAUUAUAAGGAGGGGUAUCAUACCCAAGAUACCCCCACGGUUGCGAUAAUGGCCCCAGGAUUCAUGGCCAAAGACAUGGGGUUCGAGAACACAGCUGGGCCUGAAGGCUUCCAGGCCGUCGCUUUUCUCUCUCAAUCCGAUUACUCUGUCUACUACAACUGCCAAUUCGAUGGCUACCAAGACACCCUAUGCCCUCUAGCCUAUCGUCAAUUCUACCGUGAUUGUGUCAUCUCUGGUACCAUCGAUUUCAUCUUUGGUGUCGCUCGCACCGUCAUCCAGGGCGGCACCCUUGUUGUCAGGAAGCCCAUGGAUAACCAGCAAAACGUCGUGACUGCAGAGGGUCGUCAGGACCCCAAUGGUGUGUCAGCAAUCGUAAUCAUGAACAGUCACAUCACGGCCGACCCGGCCUACUUGCCCGUCAAGAACCAAUUCCCGACAUACUUGGGGCGCCCGUGGAAGAAUUUCUCUAGGACCGUGAUCAUGCACACCGUGAUCGACGACAUAAUCACCCCCGCGGGGUGGGUCCCGUGGGAUGCGCGGUGGGGGCUUGACACUCUCUACUAUGCGGAGUUUGAGAACACGGGCCCUGGUUCCAACACGCAAGGCCGAGUCACUUGGCCUGGGAUUAAGCACAUUACACCGCAAGAGGCCGAGCAAUUUACCCCGGUUAAGUUUUAUGCCGAAGGCGAUAGUUGGAUCAAGGAUGCUAAUGUACCCUACACUGCCGGAAUGUCGUAA